AUGAAAGUUCUAACAGUGAUAGCAAUAUUAUAUUCAUACCAUGUAUGUAAAUGUAUCAAUUCAGACGAUGAGGAUGAAGUCAAAGCGCAGACAGAAAGGAUAAUUUUAGGGAUGACAGAUGAUGAAUUAGACGAACAUAUGAGGAACUUGAGGUUAGGAGCCAGGCCGAAGAAUAGAUCGCCACUGACAAACCAGUUUCCAAUUGAUUUUAGUCGUUAUAAGGAAAGAGAUUCUGCCAACGAAGCUGAACAAUUGGUCAAAGAAAUUGAGCAAGUGGUUGAAAAAGAGAAAGAGUCUAUUGAAGAGGAGGAAGAAGACAUUAGAGAAAAAGAAAGGGUUCUAAGAGAAAGGGAAAGAGAGCUUUUAAGGGAAGAAAGAAGACUUGAGGAAGAGGCAAGAAAACUUCAAGAGGCUGAGGAGGAAUUAUGUGAAAGGAGCAAAUUAAGGAAACUCAAGACAACUGAAGAAAGCAAGGGGGAAAAGGAACUUGUAUACGGAUACGAACCAUUUGACCCUAAUGUAAAACAUUACUCACCAGGUCUAAUGUACCGUCCAGUAGACCCAAAAAUGUUAGAAAAACCUCCUUCUGCAGUCAACUAUAAGUCAUUUAUACACAUACCUGAAUCUGAUAAACUGCAAGAUCUGUUUCCUGAAAUUCCUCCUCCGCCACCCACAAGUUUCCCUAGACCUUGUCAGUGCUCCUGUGGUCCAAGAUCACGAAAUCAGCACCAGAAUGAUGCCAACGAAGGACAGCAAGAACAGGGAGCCGAGGGCGGUGCGCCACAACAACAGCCAGCACAUCCACAACAGCCCCGUCAAAAUCAAAGAAGAGAUGAUUCCAACCUCGAGGGACAUAGAGAAUUCCCGCCCUUUGGGCCAGGCCACUUGCCACCUCUUCCAGUUGGAGCGGUUCCAGUGUUACCGCCGCCUCCACCAAGACCUCCUUUCCAAAAUUUACGUCCUCCAGUGCCGUCACCUGAUGAACCAAAGGUCAAAAAGCCAGCAAUGUAUGAUGAUAUUACGCCAGAGAAGGUAAGUGUAUGCGUAGAAAUAAAAAAGGGAAGAUGCGCCCUAAAGUCUAACUUUCACCAAAGAUACGGAAGAAACGGCAGACUGUGUCACAUAUUUACUCCAUUACAGCAUCAUUAUUACAACGAAGUAAAGUAUAAAGACCAGACGAUUUGGAAAUCCACGAAUGAUAGACAAUGCACGAGAGUUGAACUCUGCAACAUUGGCCUCCCUGAAAAGAUAGUGUACCUCGACUUCAACAGAGGCAACUCCGAAAAAUACAAAAAGACCAACAACAAGUGGUACAAGAUUUAA